CCUGGGACUGUCCUCUCGAGAAGUUUACAACCUUUUCUUUUAAAAUAUUUCAUAUUUCGUCUCACAGAGCUGAAGUACCAAAAAUGAAUACUGUUGGAGGAGAACAGGGAGGAAAUAUUGCUAGGACUCAGCAUCAUGCUAUCACCCAAAUACAAGAUACCAGAGGACAAAUAGACCGAGUUUUGACGCUUCUCGAUGACGGUUACGACUACUUCUCCCAGGCCGAAAUCGCGGAAGCGCUAGGAUCGGAUAGCCAAGUAGGCACACUUAUCCAGACUCUACAAGUAGCUUCUCGAGAUCUGGGACAUGUAUUGUAUUUCUUUCGGCAUGGCUCAAGAUCGAAAGAUUCUACUUCGCCUGCUCUUCAUUCCACCACCGAAGAGCAGGUGGCAAGGCCGGAGGAGGUUCAAGCAGAACCUGGAAAUGAGUCACGGGCGGAGCCCAGACCAAUAUCAGAGACUCCGGCUGCUGAAAGGCUAGAAAACUGCACAAUAUGCUUCGAAGAAAUCUCCACACUCUGCAUUCUUCAACCAUGCGGCCACAAGUUUGACAUGGAUUGCCUAAUGCCAUGGCUGAUAAGCGUGUACACCGAAUGGUAUGAUGAGUCACUACUCAGAUGUCCUCUCUGCCGUCAAAUCAUCGAUACGUUACGUUACUCGAUCAUAAGUGAUGGUACUGCUACGUUGAUGAUUGUCGGCCCUCACUUCCGGCAGCAAUUCUCCCGUCACCGUUUUCAAAGAUCAGGGGAGGAUCUUAUGGUGCCUCUUGACUAUUUAUCUUUGCAUCGCCUUGUCAAUGACUUGGAUGAUCGCUUUCCGGGGAAUGGGGCAGUUGCUUCCUACUUACCCAAUGGACCUCUUGUCGAAGAGCUGCGUCGUAGACAGCGGGCAGAAAUUCUGAUGAAUUCUCGGCGAAGUGCUAUUCAGCCUGUGUUUGUGCGAGAAGAUCAUAUUGCAGAUGAAGAUUUCGAGAGGAUGAGCCAACAAGAUAUACUUGACAUGAUAGACAGGAGAGAAAGAUUGAAUACGGCUAGGGAGAGAUGGCUGGAAGUCAUGGGAGAAGGUGCAUCGACAGAUUUGCAUCGUGAAAGAAGAUGAAUGCCAAGUCGUGAUAGGGAAGGAGAUCAAAACGGAGUUCUUGGAAGCACAUUUCAACCUAUUGGAAGUCCCUUGAUCAAGACCAUCAACUCCUCGCACUAUGGUAUCACCUCGGAGCGUGGAUGCUGGAAGUCACGAGCCUUAUAGCGAACCGAGUCUAAGGAGAAGACUAAGCAUAGGAGCAGAGCAUAUCCUCAUUUCCAGAGAAUAUUUAAGGUUGAUCCUUCGUUCCUCCAUUGAGGAGAACUUGAGAAGAGGGAACGACGAGCCCCAAAGAGUCACCAUCGAGCAUGCAUUGCAAAUUCUGCGGCAGAGACAAUCUCCGUCAGAAAAAGGACGUCUGUGUGGCGAUUAGGUAUUGGAUCGAGCUAAUGGACAUUCUGAAAGAUAGGUAGAUGUUAAUGUUAUACAUGGAAUAGUACGGCUGAAUUCUUCUACUUCGG